CCUCUAGCUAAUUACUUGACGAUAGGAAAGCCAUGGACUAGAUGGUCUGACGAACACCAAGUGAGAAGUACACAGAACGGGACUUCAGCUUUAGGUAUAGCCUACAGCAUAGUUGCCAUAUGGAGGAUUUCUCAUCCAGGUGAAUCAAUCGUGCAGGGUGCACGGCAGUGUAAUUUCACCAGGUGUAUCAAUCGUGCAGGGUGCACGGCAUAAGCCAGCGAGUCAAUCACUGAUUUGGGAAAAAAGUCACUUUUGUGAUUGGCUUUCCCUACAAACACAGGACAAUAUUUCUUACCUCAUAGGAGUAAGCAGCAACUUGCAGUAUUAGCUAUACUAUGGAACACUGUCAAAUUCUGUGAGCUUUUCAAUCAUCCUGAAAUUAAUAUGUAACCGAUCAUAACUGUCCUGUACUGAAGUUGCGGACAUGAUCUCGGCGGUUUGAAUCCUUUACAGAUUCAAGCAAGAGCAGAGCCCGAGUGAAAGCGGCCAAGCGUCUCAUUCGCUAAGAGGCCCGGCGAGGAGAGAGCUGCCUUUACAGCAACCUCUGACUUCAACAGUAUGGGACAAGCAUCUUCACACGAGAAGAAAAAGAGGGGAAAGAAAGGACAUGUCGAUAGCGGACUGGGCGAAAACGAUGUGCUUCGUCGGAGUCUAAAUAAAAAUGGUAAGAAGCAUACCACGGCAAGUAACAAGAAGGCCAAAAACCUUGUCUCAACAGACCCUGGUGAGAAGAAACACUGGCACAGACAACAAAGGCAGCCAAGGAAACCGAAACAGCAACCACCUAAGCCAGACUUGGCUGAUGAUGUGAAAGGCGUUCUAAGUCCACGAUACGGUAUAUUUGAUGACGUCAAGCCGACCGUGUGUUUGGAUGAGGAUGGAGUGUCCCUAUCUUCGGCUUCCUCAGACGAGGAGGAGACAAUUCCACGGCGGAGCACUCCAUCAAAACUGACACACCGCUCUUCUUCCCGUCGGCGCUUGAGACGAACGUUUUCGACAUCGGGUAGACGACGAUCAAGGGCAGCAAAAAUGGCAAAAAAGAAUCAGAAAUCUAAGCAAACCGAAAUGGUCAACAAGGGGAGUGAAGAGGUGAAUGCCCCCGCAGUUGACUCUGAGCACAAAGAGAAGGGGACACUGAGCGCUGAUGACUCUGUGAUAAUGCUAUCUGCAGAUGAUUCGGGGUGUUCCACACUAGAUGAUCAUUUGUUCCAAGAUGACAGUCUCUCUGAGGAGGUGCUCGGUUGUUUGGUGUCCAGAGGACUGGAGUUUGAUAGCGAUACCAGCUGCCAACCUCAGACUCCUGUGCUGAAAUCCCGGCGAGAUGAAGGCUAUGAGUCGCUACAAAAGAUAGCACAGAGUACAAUUCCGACAGAGCGCCUCGACGGAACGCUGGAACAGGUUCGACAAAUUAUCUUCUGCUCUUCCAGUGAAAACGGCAAAUCGUACGAUCCUCCAACAGAGAUAGACAUGACUCAGUGGACAUUAAGACAAUCGUCACCUACGAAUGAUGAUCAGUUGAGUAUUUCUUUCACAUCAGAAAUACCCUUGGAAGCUGACGGAAAAUCCUCCAUCGCAGGAAGCUUCUCGGAUUCGGGAUAUUCCACCAAUAGACAACUGUCUGAACGUGACCCCGAGAUUUCCGACAAUGUAGAAAACAUUAACUCUCCGGAUGAAUCUCCGGCUUUUGUGGAUGAAUCUUUUAACGAACAUUUUGCGCAUGUGCUGACAGGGACGAAGACAUCUUUGUUCUAUCAGAAUCCUAUCAACAGUCCGACAGCGUCGGACACAGGCCAUGUCACCAGCCCUCUGUUACAUCUACAGAAUGCUCUGGACACAAGUAAUCAAACCAUUGAUGCUGGUCUGGUGUUGGAUGAGUCUGACGUGUCAGCAGGAACUCCCGUAUCAUCCGCCAUAACCACAGACUCGCAUGAGCAUACUUGUGUUCAACUUGACGACACAAACAGACGUAAUCCUUCAGAGGUGUACGUGUAAAUACCCACUCCACUGUUGUUGAGCUGUGACUACAUGAACGUUGUGUGCACUCAGUUUUUCUCGAGUGGCAGUCCAGUGGCAUACGUUAACGUCUGAUGUGCCGAUAUGCAAUAUAACAAUGUUUAUAUAUAAACCAUUCUGUGACAUGGCCAUCGAUUCGUCCAAUGGAAGGGACGCCAUAUUUAAUAUCAGAAGCAACUUUACCAGUUGGUGUAACAUUGACGAUGCUACAAGUUAACUGAAGACAUCUUUAUUCCCUGUUAUAUAAAUACUCAGAACUCCACAACGAAUAAUUCGAACAUUAUUGUGGCGUAUAGUCAUUUUCCAUAUGUACCUUAAGCGGUAUGUAAGCAUAUGUUUGAGAGAAUCCAUGUUAAUUUGAGAUUUUAGUAUGGGACAACCAAUAGCAAGCUGUACUGUGCACAGGUGCCAUUGAUGGAAACUUCGUGGUAAGGUCAACAGGCCAGCGCACACUGCCGCUUCCACCAGCCGCGUUUACACGGUGCA